CGUCCUUCAAAUUAUUAUUACGUCUGAAGGUGGAAAUGUGCUGGAACAUAUCAAUAUCAUCAUCUUAUGGAGAUGCAGAAUUAAGCCAUUAGAGAACAACAGCCUGGUCAGAUUACAAAGGAGCAUUGUUUAGUUGUGUAAGACAUUUUAUUGUUAUUUUCUCUGGUCGUGUCACAUGACCAAAGCUUAGUCCAAAGCUGUUGAAUACAAGGGCAUUGAGUUGGGUACAGCACAGCUGCCUGGAGACAUGGGCAUGAAAUGGUCAGGCUUUGGGUUGGAUGGUUUUGUUAGUGGUGGGGAAAUCGUAUUAAAUGUACAAUAACUCCACAUACAAGGGAAACUUCACUCUAGAGGACUAACGGAUUGUUUGGGACAGCUAACAAAAGCUACAGAAAACGAGCAGGAGAAGGAGGAGUGCUUGGUGGAGUGUGGCAGUGCGGGUGCUGGCAGAAUGAGCUCACAGCUUGGCUACCAGCUGCAGGACUGUGCGGAUGGCUAUGUCAGGAGUGGAGAGACUGGGGUGAAGUCUGUAUCCUUAUGGAGGAAUACCAAAAGCCCAGGUGAGGACUUAAAUGGGCGCCAAAGGUCUACUCUACCUGGCAUUACUGGGAUUGACGUGGAGGCCAGGUCAUCAGACACAUUAGCAUUGGUUCCUCUGGUGGAGACCAAGCUCUACAAGCGACGCUGGGUCAUGCUUUUUCUGUUCAGUAUCUAUUCCAUGAGCAAUGCCUUCAUGUGGCUCCAGUAUGGCAUCAUCAGCAACGUCUUUAUGAGCUUCUAUAACAUUGAUGCCUUUGCCGUUGACUGUCUCUCCAUGAUUUACAUGCUCACGUACACUGUCCUCAUAGUGCCGGUGAUGUGGGUUCUGAGCAGCUACGGCAUCAGGGAGAUAGUGGUGGUUGGUUCUGCCUUUAACUGUAUUGGAGCUUGGAUCAAGACUGGCACAGCUCGCCCAGGCAUGUUCCCCAUCACCUUUUUUGGCCAGUUUGUGUGCUCUGUAGCCUCAGUAUAUGUCUUGGGCAUACCCUCCUUCUUAGCUUCAGUUUGGUUUGGUAAGCAUGAAGUGUCCAUGGCCUGCUCCAUCGGAGUUCUGGGAAACCAGCUUGGUAUUGCUAUUGGGUUCCUGGUGCCACCUAUUCUUGUGCCCAAUGUGGAGGACUUGGAUAAACUGGCUCAUUACAUCAGCAUCAUGUUUUAUAUUACAGCUGGAGUCGCCACACUGAUCUUCUUUCUGGUUAUUAUCGUGUUCCAGGAAAAGCCAGAAAUCCCUCCCUCUCAGGCCCAAGCAGCGAUGAGAAACAUGUCCCCUCAAGAAUAUUCUUACCUGGCCUCUAUAAAGAGGCUCAUCCACAACAAAUCUUUCAUCCUGCUCAUCAUCACCUAUGGAUUAAAUGUGGGGUCUUUCUAUGCUGUUUCCACUUUGCUGAACCGGAUGAUAAUUGACCACUAUCCUGGGGAAGAGGUUAAUGCUGGAAGAAUUGGUCUAACUAUUGUCAUUGCUGGUAUGGUGGGCUCCCUCAUCUGUGGGAUCUGGUUGGAUAAAUCUAAGACCUACAAGCAGACCACACUUGCGGUAUAUUUCCUGACGUUAGUGGGCAUGCUGAUCUACGCCUUCACCCUCGACUUGGGCCACCUCUGGGUAGUCUUUCUCACAGCAGGUGCACUAGGGUUCUUCAUGACUGGCUAUCUGCCGUUGGGCUUUGAGUUUGCAGUAGAACUCACAUACCCAGAGUCCGAGGGCACAUCCUCAGGCCUGCUCAACUGCUCAGCACAGGUAUUUGGAAUAAUAUUCACAAUCUGUCAAGGGAAGAUCAUUGACUACUAUGGCACACUUGCUGGCAACAUCUUCCUCUGCAUUUUCCUCCUUAUAGGGACAAUUAUGACAGGCUUCAUAAAGGCAGAUCUGCGGCGGCAGAGGGCGAACCAGGUGGCUGAGACAAAUGCAAAGAAGCCAGGAUGCCAGGAAGAAGGACUAUCUUCCCCACUGAAAGAGGACAAAGUGUAGGACUAAAACAUUCCUGAGUGAAUCUUUCUCACACAGCACACAACUAUUACAAGGUAUUCACACAGAAAGGAGAAUCCUCAUAGCCAACCUGAAAAAGUGGAUACUGCUGAAUAUUUAAACCAAACAAAACAACUUAUUAUGGAUUAUGGGUAGUUCAAAUCCAAUAGUGUACAUAAAGUUGUACACUAUAUUAUGGUGUGCGAUGGGAUCAUUAUAAAAAAGAAAUAGCAGAAAUCCAAAGGUAGUGCACUUUAUAAAAAAAUAGGGCACAGAUUUAGACACAGCUGCUGUCAACUUAAAAUGAUCUACCUAAAAUCUAUACUGAAGAACUCCAUGCCAAAAGUCUGCUGGAAAUCUGCAGUGUUUUACAAUGUGAAUCUAUUUAUUAAAGCACAACACGGUGCUUAUUUAGUGGCUUAUGUAGUGACAAUCAAAUGCAUUAAUAUUCUUAAAAAGAAAUAGUAUUAAUAGCCUACCGUAAUUCACUACAGAAUUUAAUGGAUUUUAUGUUUUCUAUUUAUAUUUUAUAUAUAUAUACAAAACAGUGUUAACCAGGUUGAUGUUGAUCACGCACUUUAAAUGUUAGAAUUAAUUAACCUCUACUUAUUAUAUUCUGUGUAUUAUUCCCAUGAUUUUUAAUAACUAUCUGAAUAAAUGAUUUUAAUCAAAGCAAUACUGACUGGCAGUGUGCCAUAAGACCAUAUAUCUUUAUAAUAAUGGUUUUAUAGUAUAAAGUGUGUUAAAGUGACUAGAAAGUGUAAGAUAAGUGCUGACUUUAUAAAUUAUCAUCCAGUAUUAUUUUUGUUUAGUCCUGACCUCUCAUUAGAGUUAAUGAGAAGGCACAUCUGUAUAGUAUUGCUGUGUUCUGAUUGAUGCUAUGCAUCAAAACAUUAUCUCUGAGCCCAGAAAAAAAGUCUGAAACAGGUUCUUACUGUAUUUUGAGAAUUAUGUGACGCUUUAAAAAACAACAAUGCUGUACAUAUAAAUAUAAUUUUUCAGUUUGAACCAAAAUAGCUGUCAAUUGUUCAAACCACUUCAACUGUACUGUGCGGUUUGUGUAAUUGGUUAUUUAACCAAGUUGUAGCAACAAUGUAUAGUCCAUACAAAAUGGUUAUCUCUCAGCAUAUCUUACAUCUACUGUAUGUUCAGUUUAGUAAAACAGAGUUCAGAUCGGACCAGUCUUGUGAAUUAAUCAUCCAUUUUACUAAAUUAAAGGAUUCUGUAAGUGGGUCAAAAGUCUCAACCAUGAUCAAAACGUUCAUUGAAAUUAAUCUUUAGAGUUUAAAUACUCAAUUAUGUAAUAUAUUUAUAACCAACACACCUUUAUAGGUAUUUACUUUACUUUACUGUGUAUCCGAUUUUGGAUUGUAUUAAAUAGACUUCUUUUGUAAUUCCAGCAUAUGCUAUGGCAGAUCAUAUCAAUAUGAGGGAAGUUCUGUAGCACUUACAGUCUUUUUUAAGUAUAUAUACAUAUACACAUAUUUUGUUGAAAAAAAAAAUGCUGUUAUGUUGAUAUUCUGCCCAGUAUAUAACCAUCAGGUGCUGUGAUAAUAUUUGUCUUGUAUGAGGCUGCAGAGAAUUUUGUUUUAGCAUCGAUAGCAAUGUUUUGUGCAAUGUCAAUAUCUUUUUCCAAAGUUUUUGCUUUUGUUGCUUAAAACACAGAAAAAUUCACAUUGUUCUCAUUUUACAUGACAAUAUGUACUAGAUCAUCAAUUAUAUGAUAUAUGAAUUAUAUAUGAAAUUUAAAAUCCCUUUUUUUUUUUUAAAUUUCCCUAAUAUUGUGCAGCCCUAGCCCACAGUAUAUUUUUGAAAUGGUAUACUUUUAAAAAUAUUAUAUACGUAUAUAAAUAAUUCUAGAACUGUUCUUAGGACUUAAUAGUUUUCUGACAGAAAUUAAUAUUAAAGUAAAUUGUAGCAUAUUUUAAGCAUUUUUUUGUCAACUGUCUUUUUUAUGUUAUAAUAAAGAUUUUUAUUUAGACA